AUGGCGCCAGCUUCGUUCUCUUCACUACCUCCAGAGCUGAUCUCUAAGAUCUGCAGCGAUCCCGAUCUCAUGAAGAAAGAUCUCGUCGCUUUGCGUCUCACCAGCAAAGCUCAAGGCAUUCACGCAUCGGCUACACAGACUUUCGGCAAACGCUACUUUACUGGGGUCUCACUCCUCUACACCGAGUACAGCCUGGAGACUUUUGUCAAAGUCUGUGGUCAUCCUAUCUUCGGGCCUGGUAUCCGCAGAGUCGAGCUCUCGUGCACUCAUUUUGACGUGGAUGCCUUCAAUUUAUACUUAAAGGACUUGGUAGACUGCGACUAUACGCGAAAAGAAAUCUAUCAUCAAAUACACCUUCUUGACGCGAGAUGUGAUGCUGAGAAAUCUUUCAAAGUCUCUGAUGCAAGAGCCCUGCUAGAGAAGGCAUUCACGCACCUCAAAAAGUCGGACCACAGCUUGACAAUUGCCCUCUCGACAGGCGAGUACACAUCAAUUGGUCGUAGUCGGAUCUUCGCGCCAGAUCUAGACAGUGAACACUUCUAUGCAGACGUACCUUUCUCCCUAGACCUUCUCCUGGGGUCAGCAAGGCAAAGUGGCUGCAAGGUAUCCGAACUCGACAUCGCAGUCGCUGCACGCCGAUUUUUCCACAAUAGCCACAAUGACAGCUCUUAUCACGUAUCGGAUCUUAUGGACUCAAUUUCGAACCUUUCGCUCGAGCUGUGUUUUGUCAACGACUACGAAGAUGACGAGCCUCGGGACUUUACACUGUGGAUGGGAGACUUGCUAUCAUACGGCACCGACAUCAAAAUGCUUCGCCUGCAAGACUUGUACAUGAGCCAAAAGGCCAUGACUGGUCUCGUGGAGAGUUUGGGAUCAUCAUUACGUCGUCUAACCAUUGGCUGCUGUGACGUGAUUGGAUCUUGGAGAGAGGUCUUGGUCUCAAUUCAGCAAAACUCCUCUUCUCUUGACUACCUCCAAAUCUAUGACGGUAGAAUACCUUGGUUGAGAAAAGGGGAGAGGUACGAAGGUACCGCGGCUGUCCAGUCGGGCCUGGAGAAGAUGCUGCAAGUAGAGCAAGACGCACCGGCAGCUGAGAUGGGUUCUGACGAUGAGAACGAUGAUGACUGA